UUGUACCAUGAAUCCAAAUAUAACAAGGCGCAAGAUCGUUGCAGUCAAAACUACUGUGAACACGGUCAUACUCUUGAAUGUAGCAGUAGUAGUGAUAGUGGUGCAAGCAACAGUUUUGAAAAACCAUCCAAUGGCGUAAAUUGCAUACCCUCCUCCGCAUCAAUUGAUACACCACAUCAGCUAAAAUCACAAGACAGUCAAAGUAUGCAUGAGCACUCCAUCACUAUGCAGUCGUGGUUACCGACAUCGAUGGUAAGCAUCCAUCCACCACUCGCAUACUCUAUGGACAAUUCAAGUAAUGGAAGUAUUUCGCGUCGUCGGGAUAAUGGAUCUAGAUUGCACGAACGAAAUAUAAGCACAAGCAAUAUAGGAACAGGUCUAUUUUAUACACCGUCCAUUUUAUCUAGAUCGUUCCUAGCUAGGCCGGGAAACGGAAGUCUUGAUAGCGGUGGAAAUGGAUUGGCUGGCGCGAUUGGGAUUGCUAGGAGCCAACCAAGAGUAAAGAGGUCCAAGGAUGAUGGUAUAGGAAGCAAUAAUGAUCAUUCUAGCGGAUUUAACUUGCCGUCAACUUCUAUUCAAUCUGAGCAGUCAUUUGGUCGUCGUGGAUCGAGACUAAGAUUUGUAAACCAAACCCAAGCGUCAAUUUCUGAUCAUACAGUACAAGACUCAGUUCCUUGAAUGAGCCGUUUACUAUUAGCUUAAACCACUAGUAUUUUUUAAAAUGCAUUCAUUUCAAUUUUUAAUACUUUC